AUGUCCGGGCCGGGCGACGUCGAGGUCGCCGCCGACGAGGGCCGCGGCCGGGCCAGCCAUGUCGCAGCCGCCAAUGGCCACGGCAGUCCUCAACAAGCAGACGUCUUCAAGACGGUGGCCGCCGAGCCGUCGUCGCCGCCGAGGCUGCUCGCCACCCGCGUCUACACCCUGUCCUACCUCGUCUUCUUCUCCCUGCUCGGCACCCUGGCGCGCCUCGGGCUGACGGCCCUGACGCACUACCUCGACUCGCCCGUCAUCUUCGACUCGGUCUGGGCCAACUUUGGCGGCAGCCUCGUCAUCGGCUUCCUCGCCGAGGACCGCAACCUGUUCCGCCACGAGGGCGCCGUCGACGACAGAAAGGCCCAUCUGGCGCUCAAGAAGACGGUGCCGCUCUACAUUGGCCUGGCCACCGGCUUCUGCGGGAGCUUCACCAGCUUCUCCUCCUUCAUCCGCGAUGCCUUUCUCGCCCUGUCCCAUGACCUGGUCGCGCCCGGGCACGCGUCGACGGCCGGCAGUCGCGGCGGCGGCCAGUCCUUCAUGGCCCUGCUGGCCGUUGUCGUCACCACCGUCUCGCUCUCGCUGUCGGGCCUCUUCCUGGGCGCGCACCUGGCCUGUGCCGCCGAGCGCCUGACGCCGUCGCUGCCGCGUGCCGUCAGCCGCAAGGUCCUCGACCCGCUGAGCCUUGUGCUCGGCUGGGGCUGCUGGCUGGGCGCCGUGCUGCUCAGCAUCUUCCCGCCCCACGACGACUGGCGCGGCAGGGCCGUCUUCGCCCUCGUCCUGGCGCCGCUCGGCUGCCUGCUGCGCUUCUCCCUGGCCGUGCACCUCAACGGGCGGCGGGCGGCCUUUCCGCUCGGCACCUUUGCCGCAAACGUCGCCGGAUCCGCCGUGCUGGCUGGGGCGUGGGACCUCGCGCACUCGCCCGCCGCGGCCGGCGCCGUCGUCGGCUGUCAGGUGCUGCAGGGCGUCGAGGACGGCUUCUGCGGGUGCCUGACGACCGUGUCGACGUGGGUCACCGAGCUGAGCGGCCUCGGCAGGCGGGAUGCGUACGUGUACGGGUCCGUCAGCGUCGUCGUGUCGUUUGCCUUGGUGGUGGCUGUCAUGGGCGGGCUGCGGUGGACCGAGGGCUUCAGCCCACUGACCUGCGGCUGA